GUUACUUCCAUUACUUCCGUUAAACUCCAAAGGUACCCGACCCAGCCUUUCUUUCUCUCUCCUUUCCUUACUCCUUCCUGCUGUUCACCGUCCUCACCAGAUCCAUCUUCCUCACCUCCAUCCUCAUCCUAAUCAUUUGCAGCCUCAUCUUCCUCUUAUUCAUCAUCGUCAAUUUCACUGACACAAAGCAUGAAGCUGAGCAAGUGGGAACCUGCAAAGGAACCCAGAUCUGGUGUUGGGGGAGGGGAGAGAAAAUGAAAGGAUUUAGAGGUUGAAGAUAAGGAUUUAGGAACCCAGUAGCUUGGGGGCAUUUUCAAAGCUUGGGGAACCCAUGUUUCUCCAAACUCUACCAACGUGAGGUUAUAGGUGAUUAACCCAAUCAACCUAUUCUGUUUUUCUCCAAGUCGGCCAUGAACCAAGUUUGUUCGCCCAUUUACCCCAAUCGGGUUUCACUUGAAAGGAGAGGGGAUGAUCUUUUGGUUGUGGGAAAAGAGGAUUUAUGGCUGCCGGUGGGGGGAUGAUGAAAUCUACGCCUAAAAUCAAAGAUUUCUAGUGAGGAAUAAAUGUUUGAUCGGCAUGGCAAGUCUGAUUACGCUUCAAAAUAUGUUAAUUUCUUCUUGAAGGUUCUUGUUUUCGAAGAUGGAAACCAGAUCUGUGGGUGCUGGCUUUAUGGUUGCGGCUUUAUCUUGAGCCGUUGGCGACGUGGAUCUUGUGCGAACUGGUUGCUUCUUACUGUCGGUUAUGGUCACUGGAUGUUUCUCGCUGCCGCUCAUAGUUGCUGGCUGGAUUUUGUUGCCGCUGGCUUGAUCUCGUUGUGAUGCCAAAGUUGAUCUCGCUGCAACAAGUAAAAGAAGAUAUAAUAAAAAAGGAAAGUCGGAGGCAUGGGUCUGCAGACUUGAAAAAGGGCUAUCAUUCCAAACAAGACACAAAAUUUCAAGUUGUUCAAUUUGUCGAACUUCCUAGGCAACGAAAAUUCCAACAUUUCAAGUUCCAUUUGUUGUCUCUCUCCUUAAAAACUCCCAAAAAUUUCAACAUUUCAAACCCAACUCCAUGUCUAAAAGAGAGAAAACGUCAAUUGGAAUAGCAAGAAGGAGAAUGGAAAGGAGAGAGAAAAAGAAAGGGUUACGCUGGUGGUCUUCAUAAUUAACGGAUUAAGUAGCGAAAUUAACAGAAUAAGUAACGAAAUGAGCAUGUAUAACAGAGGAUGUGUAAUGAGAAGGUAAAUGUAUCAUCGUGCUAGUUACGAGGGCGUGUUUGUUUAAAUGUACAUGGUACAUUCUCACAUGAGGUGUUUGUUUAAGGGUACAUGGUACAAUCUCACAUGAGGUGUUUGUU